AUGAUAAAUUCAACACAUGCAGAAAUUCUACAACUUUAUCGUUCUUUUUUACAUGUAAUAGAAAACUGGCCUGCUGACCAUUUAAGACCAAAUCGUAAUUUAAAACAAGUUUUACAUUUACGGGUAACUGAAGGUUUUCAGAAAAAUAUGAUUAUUAAUGACCCAGAAGUUCACAAUAAAUUGGUUACUGAGGCAGAAAUUGAACUAGAUGCAUUAAAACGUUUAGCAAAUAAUGAGUUCAAGGAAAAGUAUCCACUUUCAGAUAAAAUGCAUACACCAGCAUCAAACCCAAAAUAUUAUACCAGAUUAAUUGCAGAAAUUGAUAAAGCAGCCAAAGCAAAAAUAGUUGAAGGUGCUAAGAAACCUUCAUUUUGGAAAAGGAUUUUUGGAUGA